AUGACGACAAAAGAUGGCCCUAAGCUGCCAAAGCAGCAGCUGGCGAUUCUGGCCAUUGCAAGAAUCGCCGAGCCUAUGGCCUACACCUCAGUAUUCCCAUAUCUUCCAGCGAUGGUCAGGAGCUACGGCGUUCCGACGAAUAAGGUCGGAAGCUGGGUGGGCGUCACAUCGGGUGUCUUUUCCAUCUCACAAAGCAUCACAGCUGUCGCGUGGGGGAAAGCGUCUGAUACCUACGGGAGAAAACCUACCGUUAUCCUGGGCCUUCUGACGACCAUGGUCUGUUUUAUAAUAUGGGGCAUGUCAACGAGUUUGCCCAUGGCUAUUGCUGUCCGAGCUAUUCAGGGAGGUGGAAACGGAAACGUUGGAAUUAUUCGAACAAUGGUUGCUGAGAUGGUCCCUGAACGAGAACUUCAGCCUCGUGCCUUCUCAAUUAUGCCCAUAGUAUGGAGUCUGGGCUCUAUCAUCGGCCCUAGCUUUGGAGGAUUCUUCGCCGAGCCUGCUGAACAAUAUCCUGAGAUUUUUGGUCAUCUGGAAUUCUUCAAGCGCUUCCCGUUUCUUCUUCCCAACUUGAUCUUGACCGUCUUUUUCCUCACCUCUGUUACUGUCGCAGUCCUGUUUCUUCAUGAAACACUUCCCAGCAAAAGAGGACAUCGAGAUUGGGGUAUCCUAGUUGGCAAGCGUAUCACCAACUCCUUCAAAAACACUCGCCCAACGCCCUCUACCCGUCGCCCUUCAUUCGUAGACGGCGAGGCCACUUCACCUCUUCUUCCCAACAAGACAGCGCCCAAGACGCAAGACGAGGAGCCAGCCAGGAAAGAGCGUGUGCUCACUCGUGAAACCUCCAUCAACCUUUUGGCAUACACGUUUUUGGCUUUCCACUCAGUCGCCUAUGAUCAGAUCCUUAGUGUUUUCCUCAGACAUCCUGUUGAACAGCAUACACCCGAGAACACGGCAUUCCCCUUUUAUUUUUCUGGAGGAUUUGGCAUGACUCAUAGCCAGGUCGGUCUUAUUUACACGGUGUAUGGUGUUGUUUGUGGUAGCAUCCAGUUCCUUCUGUAUCCUACAAUUGUUGCUCGUUUUGGAGUUUUGCGAUGCUUCAGAUUCUCCUGUGUCCUUAUGCCCAUCGCUUAUUUCCUCACCCCUUACUGUGUCCUGUUCCCUACACACAAUGCCCGAACGACAGCUCUUAUCUUGGUCAUGUUCAUCAAGGCUGCUGGAAUCAUUGUGGCCUUCCCGUCCACCACCAUUCUUCUCACGAACUCGUGUAGUUCCCUCAGCGUGCUAGGCACACUUAAUGGCUAUGCGACGACAUUCAGCGGACUGGGCCGCGCUGCUGGUCCCGCUUCUGCUGGAGCUCUCUUCACUUGGGGCGCUGACCAUGGAUAUGUCAUCACGGCAUGGUUCUUUCUUAUGUUUGUCGCCAUCGUAGGCGCUAUCCCUGCGUAUCUCGCCAAAGACGGAGCCGGCCCAACUGCUUCUGUAUCAACUUCAGCAGAGAGCACUGAUGCGGAGGACAAUGAGGUUUCGUCUUCGUCUAGCACGCUGUUAUUGCCUGGAGACUCGGCGGCUAUUUCGGACUCCGAGGACGAUGAGCGUCCCUUGAACAAGUCAAGACCCGAACAGCAAAGCUAUGGAACUAUUCAAGGAGGACGAAAUUGA